AUGGAGCCAAAGUCUUCUGCUGAUUUCAGCGGAGUUCCUGCCUGGGGGUGUGGAGGAACAAUACCUGCACACAUCGGCACUCAACCAUCCCACACCAGCACUGUCAGAAAAAAAAGCAACACUCGCCUCAAUGACCAACUCAUACCAAAACCAACUGAUAUAAAUUUAUUCGAGAGAAUGAUAAAGACUGCUACGCUGAAAGAGCAUCCUUACGCAUCGCAUAUUUCUCGGUUUGCCAUGUUCCCCUCGUUCCUCUCCCCGGAUGACCUGGAGAGGGGAGUCAGAGCGGCUUCACAGAGAUUCAUAAACCCUCUCAUUCCAAACAAACCUCCUGACGUCACUUUACUCAGCAAAACUAUAGGAGGUCCAUACCGACAUGAAAUUUUGGAAAACCCAGUUAAAUCCAGAAAAAAGGCCAUUUCAUGGACAGGAGAAAAUGGAUUUUUGGAUCAUUCAAGACCAGUAAAAGGGGAGAGACAGAUUUUCUACCCAGCUCCUCCAAAAACAAUACUGCCCAACCCAAAACUCAGACACUGGGAUCUGUCAUUAUCAGAGCGCACAAGCAACAUUCUGAGAAACCUGGAGAGGAAACUUUGGAUCACGUCUUAUCAGAUGGACUUUACUGGAUCGGGGCCUGCAAACCCUUUAAAGACCGAUGAUUUUAAGGAGAAAACAAUCACUCUCACUGGGAUUAAUUCACACUCUGCACCUCUAAGAGAAUCGUCCUAUCCUGUGUUUGUUCCAUCAAAACCCAAAGCAGGACGUAGACAAAGACUGCAGACAAAACGCAGUGACAGGCCCAAUUUUGCUAAUCUCCGAAUGUCAAAUUUAAAUCAAAGCACUGCUCCAUCUUCCAUAUACCAAAAACAGCCGCAACAACUUAUGGAUAAUUAUUACAAAGCAACAGAUAUGAGACAAAUGGGUCAUAGUCAAUCAGAGUCCGAAACUGGCCUAAUAGAUGUGCAGCAUACUGAUUCAUCCCUGGAGAUCUUACAGGAAAGGGCUGUUGAUCAUGGCAGAGAAAGGGAAAACCGCAAAAUUCAAUUCAAUGAAAGUUUAAUGCAAGAAUCUGAAUCAAAAAGCAGCGAAGGUGCUACCGUUCAACAAUUUAACCUGAGCAGCGAGUCUUCUUUCCAACGAGAGGCAAAAGUGAAGCCGCAGACAAACUCAAUGGAGCUGCAGAAAGAAGAUCCACAAAUCAAAAAGCAACCUCUCAGAGUUGGAAAUACACUCAGCUCUGAAUUACAUGAUGCAUCGUCAAAUAAAGAGGACGAUGCGACAAAAGGCAGUGAGUUGCUAAGCUCUCUUCCUAAAGUCUCUAUCCUGCCGCGGAGUUCUGUCUUUUCGGGUAUUCCCUCAAACACCUUUGAGACUCCAGGAAGAACGGGUGCAAACCUCACCCUUCUAGACCUCCAAAACUCAUUCAGUAAGUCAGAGGCACAUCGAAGAUUCAACAACUCCAUCACACAUGCUGCUGUGGACCUGAGGGACAAUGUAGUCACUGGGAAGAGACACAACUUUUAUGGGAUUAACUGCAACCAUAUUCAUGGGUGA